AUGGCGUCUGGACUUGCCGUAAACAUCGCGAUUGAAAGUCUGCUUGAGAGUGAAGUGGAAGAGAUCUCUAGGGAUGGACAAGAAAAAUAUGUACCGUAAGUGCUGUUCGUUAGAAUUUCAGAAUUCAAAUUUGGCUCUCUGAUUCUGAUUUGACAAGAUUUCCACAGACAAUAGGCCGUCAGAAAGGUUUGAAAGUACAACAUUUUUUCCUGCAAUAGUUUUGUAUACAUUUAAAAACCUUUUUGAGGUAUCAAAACGAUAUUCUUGAAGGGGGUAUCUAACUAUUAUGAUCAAUCAACUCUCAGAUUGAUAUAGCAAUACACAUCGUUCGAGUCAUUUUAGGAGAGAAGAUGUUUAGAACUUGUUGAUGUGGAGAGUAAGGAUUGGGAAAUAAAUUAAUUACUGCUCACAUGGAUGUGUUAACACUUACAGGCAGCUUUCCAUGUCAGAGAAGCUGGCAAAACUAGCGCACAAGAUAGACUUUUUAUCAGAUGUAAAGGGGCACAAAGAGGAUGUAGAGAAAGAAGAUGAUGAAAAAUCAUUGGUAACAUUUCAACCUUCUCUGUGGCCGUGGGAUUCUGUUAGGGAAAACUUGAGGUAAAUAUUUUUUCAAAUAUAUGUUUACCAUUCUACUCCAAAUAUCUAAUAUAAAGGGUAUUAAAUUCUCUAUCUGUUCUAUAUUUACCUGUAAAUUAUUUAUAGAGUUAGGAGUUGAGUCAAGAUAAUGCAUUCCAACCAAUAAGUUGGACUGCUAUUAUCAUAAGAUUGCUGGAUGACAUUUGAGAACAGUGAAGAGAAGUUGCAUUUUAAUCACUUUUGUGGAGGGAUUGGACUACAACCUCUAAUGGGAAAAAUUCUUAAGACACUCUUGAUAAUUGAAAUAUUUAAUGGAAAAAUUAUGCAAAUGAUUGGUUUCUCAACAGGAAGUCCUUAACUGAAGUCUGUGUAUUAUCUGAUGUUCUGAAUGUGGUGCGAGACAAGAAAUAUUUAGUAUUGGACCCAGUCUCACAAAACCAAGCCACUCCUAAGCCAACUUUGUCUUUGAUCACUAAAAAGAAGGUUAGGAAAUGGAAUUUACUCAGAAACUGUCUCUGGAACUAAAUUUUAAUCAUCUUAUGAGUGGAUCUUGGACCUUUAACUUUGGAGAAACCAGCCAGAGUAGUUAAAAUUAUUUUGUUGGUUAGAUCGCAGGCAUUUACUCACAUGUAUACCUAUAAAAGACAAGAACAAGGCCUAAAUUCAAGUUUUUUCAAGAUUUGAAUGUCACUGUUGUGUAAUUUUGUGUGAGCAUGUCCUUGUAGUGUUUUCAAGUUUCUUUAAUUGAACAGCUAGUUCUUCUUGCUUGUGUUGGUGUCGUAAAGUGUAGUUUAUGAAUGGUUUCAAGUUCAAACAAUUUCCUACUAUAGCUGCUGUACUUUUAUUUGUGUUUUCCUUUGUUUUAGAGAUACAGGGUGUAUGUUAUUGUUCUUAAAAUUAAGAGAAAAAAAGAAACAAAUUUGACCAGUUUUCAUAAUUUUAGCCUAAAAGUAAUUUUAAAUGUCAAUAUAGAUAUGCAUUGCUUGACAUAUAAGACUCUUUGUUAAAGGAAUGAUCAACAAUUGUCUCUUUUGUUCAGGGUCUUUGUAAUGCUGCUGAUAUUCUGCUACGAGGAGCUCAGAGAAUGGAAGAUGCAGUCAAAGAAAGAGCUGAUCAUACAUCAAGGCACCUAGGGAGCAACGCAAAAGAUUUCCAUUCUGAACUUAUGAUGCUUAGAAAGAGGUGGAGGUUAAAAAGAACAGGCACUUCUAUAAUGGGGGAUUUGACAUAUCGCUCAGGUUAAAAAAUCAAAGAAUGUGUACUUCUGUGUUUACACAAUAAUUUGUAGACAAAUACCACUUCAUUAUUUGUAAGCAGUGUUAACCCUCUUAAUCACCCUCAGGAGGGAUCAGCACUUGUGUUCUCUGUAUUAUUUUAAUACACGGUUUACUAAACAGCCAAUGAGAAGGACUUCAAAGAGGUUAAAUCAAAGAUUAAUAUUUGCAAUAAAGACUUGGGUGUUUCUUUUCAUAGCUGGCUCACAGUUCCGAAAUCCAGGAUUGUUUGAGGUUAACAAAGCUACAAUAGCUGAAGAUAAAACAGAACAAUCCACCCCAGACAACAGAGCUUUGGAGGUGACUGUUGGAAGUGAUUUGGAAGGAACAGCAGAAAUCAGAGUGGCUAUUGUGGAGUCUGGAAAAGAUCUACAGAUUGCAUCUGUUAGAGGUAGUACUUUGUUUGGUUUAGGCAAUGUAUAAUUAGGUAUUUUUACUUUGGCUGUUUCACUUCUGUAAUAAUAGUUAACUGUAAAUAUAUAAAAAUCAUAUAUUUGAACUUUGGAUGAAGAAAUGAAUAUUGAAGUGAUCUUCAAAGUAAUGAAUACUACUUAAGCAACAGUGAAAAGAAAGCCUGAAAAAAAUAUUCAGGCCAGUAUGGAAUUUGAACCCAUGACCUCUGUAAUACUGGUGUAGUGCUCUACCAACUGAGCUAACAAGCCCAAGAGAGCUGGUCAUUAUGUUGAUUCUAAAUAAACUGUGAAAUGAUGAAUAAAUACCGCUAACUGACUAAGUGCACUGCAGCAGUAUUGCAGGUUUAUUUGGAACCAAAAUAUGAGGUGCAUAACACGAGUUUGCUAUUACUAAUCCCAUAUCCAACAAGUGCCAAUAGGAUAAUUGUUUUUUAAAUUUAAUUGAAUCUUGAAUACUUGUGUAUUUGGAGCCUUUUUUCAGCUCAGCAACAGUUUGUGUAAUGCAUAAUUUCCAUAUAAGGUGACUCGGAAUAUGAGCUGAUAACUGCAGUUGAGUGAUCCCAUUCUAGAAAGCAAAAUUGGGAUUUGAAAAUUUAAUGAAUGUGCACACAAGUCUUGAGCAAUGUAACAUCAUAGUCUCUUGCAUGAUGCAGCAUACUCCUUUUCAGCUGGUAACCCAUAAAAUUUACUACCUGUAGUAGCUCUUAGAACCUCCUAGCAUUACUUGGCAUUCUUGAAAAUCUAGGAUGACCUGGAAAAAUGAUUGCUCCACCUGAUGAUUUCUGAUGAUGAUUUCUCUGACCUGCUCUGCUUAAAAUAAGGGAGAACAAUGAUGACAAUAUUAUCAAUUUUGCCACUCUUGGAACAAAUGGCUGCUUGUUUAUUACUGUAUUGGCUUCCCAAGCACAACAGUUGAGAAUUCAUCAGACAACCCCUUGCAUGUCUGAAAGUGUGUAAUCUGCUUUUCUUUUGUGUCUGUAAGGUUUGAUGAGUGGUUGCUAUGACAAUAUGCCAACAGUUAUUCCAUCGUGGCAACAGAAGCUGGAAUCAGCUCAGUCCAACUUAUUUUGCAAAGAGUUAUUUAUGCAGGUGGGAAUAUUGUAUGGACAUACUUUGAUCAUCUAAAUUGCAAAAAGAAGAAAAAAACACUCAACUGCAAGCAGACAAUUUGUUGUGCAAAGCAAUAAGUUCAAUGGUUUCCUAGCAUUUCUACAGUCCAGUUGGUAUUUUUCUAAUGGAGAGUGAUAAACAUGAGUUGUUAAGUUGUCAAGAUCGAGAAACAUAGAAAGAUUGAUCCUCUAAGAAAAUGUGUAAUUUAAAUAAGCUAGGAAACUGUAGUACAUGUCCUGUACAAAUCUAUUCAAAAGCUAGUAAUUUGUAUUUUGCAUUCAGACCCACAUUGUUGCUGUGUAGAGUAUUCUGGUUCACUUCUUGUUUUUUUCUCUGACUAAUGAGGUUUCAGCCUGUGGUCUGCAGGUGUACUCCCCAUUUUUUUCCUUUUUUUUUCAUCCUGACUGUUUCUGGUAUAAUUCAGAGAUCUCACAAGAAUGAGAUAUCACAAGAGUUGAAUUAUCAAGUUAAUUUUCCUUGGCCUGAGCAAGUGCAAACUGUCUCCCUCCAACAUUACACUGAGUAGAGUACAUCUCAUAUUUGAAUUUUUUACAUGUUCCUUAAUUGAGUAAAAGCUCUUGCAUUGUCAAACAUCGUAUAGACUUUGAACAACGCAACUUAAAUGAGCCUUUGGGAGUUUGAUCCUGAUGGAUGGUAGUGUUAUAUGUUUAACCCUCUAACUCCCAUGAGUGACCAAGACAGAAUUUCUCCUUACAAUAUCAAUACAAUAUCAAGCAGACAAGUGAUGAGAAUAAAAAAAAAAUAUUAAUUAGGGGAUUAUUAGUUGAUCAAAUACCAAAUUCUCCAAACUAGCAUCACAAGAACUAUAUGGCAGGCAGUAAGGAGAAUUACUAAUGAGAUCUUGGGAGUUUUAGAGUUAAGUGUCUAAAACAUUUAUGUGUGUAUACACGUACAUGAUCAUUACAGACAUUUUAUGCAGCGUGUCAUUUAUUUCUCUGUUUCUCUAAUGAACAGCUGUCUCAAGGAGCUUACAAUACUAAAGAAAACCGACCUCACUUUGUGAUGGCCAAUGAAAUAAGAGCUGAGGUAGGGUUCCUUUUUUAAAUUGUUAUGUCAAAUUUUCCUGUGGGGAGGCCAAUCUAAAAAACAAGACAACUUUUAGUUUCAUCAGUAGGAAGAGUUUUCACAUUAUUGCAAUUAAUUUGAGUUAUUUUGAUAAUAGAUUUUUCCAGGAACAGAUCUUUGUAUAACAUACAGCUGUCGGAAAAACAGUUCAGAAGAAAACUCUUCUAAGGUAGCAAUUGCCAAUAUGUGUUUCCUAAUGUAUAUUUUUAAUGUUGAUAGGAUUAUAGACACCAGUCAGCAGCAUGCGUACUUAUUAAUCUUUCACUCCUAUGAGUAAUUAACAUAGAACUUUUCCCCAUAAUAGUCAUAUGUUAUUCAGGAACAGAUAAUGAGAAUACUCAAACUUAUUGGGUAGAAGUUGUUAUCUUGAUCUAACAACAAAUCCUUGUAACUAAUUUACAAGGAGAAAUGGAGCAGCUAGAGGAGAGAAUUAACAAUCAGAUCUAUGGAGUUAAAGGGUUUGCAACACACUUAGACUUGUCUAUUGAAGUAAAAUAAUGCAGAAAAGGCAACAGGCUCUACAAAGAAAUGAUUUUGGGGCACCUCUCGGAAGAGAGAUGAUAUCGCUGUGGGUCUGCUCUUAAAAUUUUAUUUCACUUCUUUGCUAGAGCAAUCCUCUCUGUUGGACCAUGUGAUUUUAAACUCUUUAGCAAAGACUUACUUGGUUUUUUUUUUCUUUUUCUAAUUUUAUCUCUAUUUAUUUACAUAUUUUCUUUGAAUUGCUCUGAUGUAGACAUAUAAAUUGUACUGUCUCUAUUCAGGUGGCGCAUAAGGAUAAAGCACCUCGUGCGUACUCUCUUGAGUAUUCUCUUCACUCGCUUCUCAGGAAGCAGCACUUAAAGGCACAGUCAUUGCAGACACCUCGUCCUGUUACUGCAUAUCCCAUGCAAGGGGGCAGCAAGAGGCUGUGUCUUGCUGGAGCAUCAGCUCUAACAACUUCUGAGGUAGCACCAAAUCUACAAAGGUAUAUAGAAUUUAGCAUUAAUUUUUUCAAACUGGCUAGUCUUAAGUGCAUUGAGACCAGUUUAAAAGCCCCAGAGGUAGGUCAGAGGGCAAGUUCUUUGCCUUAGAAUAGCCUUAGAAUACUAGUCCUUUGCAACCACUCUUAUGAGCUCAGAGUGGAGUUGUUUUUUGUCACAAUUACACCCUUCAAAAACAUGUUAUGUUGAAGUAAAUAAAUAUGUGAGAGAGCAGUUAGACACAGACACUGAGAAUAUCAUUGGUAAUAUAAAACGCAGCACAAUGACCAGGGAAAGUACCAUUCUCUUUCACUCUUUGACCACACCCGGCCAAUUGUGUACCGAGCUUUGCAUGGCCUUUCUUAACAAGCCUAAAGUUAUGUAUGCGUACUUACCAAUGUUUUUAAUUUAUUAAAUAUUUGUUUAAGAAGAUUGAUAUUCUUGCGCUUGUGCUAAGCUUGAUUUCUAAGUCUUCUUUCACUCUUACAGUGAGAGUCUUUUAGAAACUGUCUUAAAAGUCUCAAGACACAAAGUUCUUCAGAAAAGGUAUGAGUUUCACUCUUGUAUUUUAAGUGUAAUUUGAUUGUUUCACUUUACCAGAUUGUAAAUUAGGAUAAACCCCAUAAGCGUUGAUACCUUCUGUAAUUAUUCGAACGUAACAUUGUAGAGAACAUCUAGACUCUUUCACACUUAAGAAUGACAGGGAAGAAAUUUCUCCUCUCAUUGAAUUUGAGGAAAGGAGAACAUCACAAGGGGACAUUGUUUGAUUUCAAACCAAAUUCUCUGUAUUAAGAUUGUAAGAAAUUUUAUAGCAGACACCGGGAGAAUUUGUAUAUAGAUCUUGGAACUGAGAGGGUUACGUGUUGUUUUAUUGAUUCAACAAGCACAAUUGCCAUUUAACCGUUACAAUCCACAAUAACCAACGUCGAAAAAUACUAUGUAUUCUAAAGAGUAUAUUUUUUUCACACGUUGUGUCUUGAUGCCUAUUAUUUGGAUAUUUUUUCGGCAGGGCCGUGGAGGUGAUUGAUGAUCUGAAGUCCAGACUGAAUGAUCCUUGUAUUACAUGUCAUUGGAGCACUGUAGGCAGUGACACUAAUACAUCAGCUACUGUUCACAUCACUUCGCCAGAGGUUGGACAUCUCGCUAGGUACGUAAUUGGCGUCUUAAUAAUUACUUUGGCGUGCAGAGAAUGCCAUUUAAUUUUGAGGCUAAGUUAUCAAGUCAGGGGUAUGCCCCGCCUGCGAGGCAAGUGGUUUCUGAGUGCUGCUCCUCGUCCCAAACCUCAAGCGACUUCGCCGUUCGUUUUCUCUGCGCUGUUCCUAAACGGUAUUAAAGCGCGCACAAAACACGAUCACCAGAAUCAAUUGUGAGCCAUUCUCUCUCUAAGCGAUUGCAAGCGACUGGGGAAAAACAGUUACAAUAAUUCUGAUUUUGAUCACGCUGCAUGAAAUGUAUUUCUUCAGGUCAUCAUUUCAGUUACGCGUGGGAGUACGAGGAAUUCGUGUAGUGAGUGCUGAUGGAGUAAAUGUUGACCUUCCCACCCACCCUCAGGAUUUAGAAGACUUCAUCUUAAGUCAGGUUGGCUUGAAAACUUGCUUGUCACUGUCACUUCGUGAAUCAAAUACAUCAUCGUCCUUUUGGUAGUUGAGCUGAAUUGCAAUGUAUUCAAAUUCCUCUUUCUGCAGGUUUGCAAUCAUCGCUUAUUAGUGGCCAAGUCUCUGGCGCAGAGCCUGGGCUGGCACGUGAUCCAUUGUAGUCGUCACGUGGGCACUGGGGCGAAAGAAAGGCAAGGUCACGUGGGUGGACUGAUGGUGAAAUCGCCAAAUGGAAAUAAGUAAGAAUUGAAAUUUGCGCCAAGCUUGUUGUAGUUUUACAUUUGACAAAGUAAGAAACAAGCUCAGGGUUGUCAUUAAAAGCUGUUCGGUGGCGGCAACCCAAAGAUCAUUUUGUGCCGGCUACAUACACAAGUACUUUGGCGUAAUAACGAAGUUGUCCUUACAACUUUACCGAGACCCCAAUUAUAGUUUCCAUAUCAUCCUCCAAAACAAUCCGAAGUCAUUCGGGGCGCUAACAAGGAAAGAAAUGCCAAAUGGUUACCUCAGGGACCGCGUGAUUACGCUACCACAGUCUCUAGACUUAAGUUUGCACAUACUUUUUUUUCCAUACGAUUGGUUGGAGCGACUUUGUGAUUUCGAAAACUGAAACGAUCGGGAAGAUCGGGCGAUCUUCGGGCGAUCGUAUUGAAAUCGGGCCUCGGAGGCUACUAAGUAUACAACUCGGACACCAGCUUGAAGAGGCGCGGAUAUUCGAGACUUAGUUUAAUCCUGGAAAUUCGAUAUCUCUUUUGAAGUGUCUUUUUGUCCCCUGCUUUUUUAUUUAAAUGGAAUGAACACUUUUGAAACCACUGAAUAAUUACGUUAUUCAUAAAUUUUUUUCAGAGCUGUCGCAGUCCGCACAGGACCAGCCAGCGGUGUGAGCGUUUUGGUCAGGCGCCCUCAGCUCCCUAAUGGCGUGGCGCCCGAGUUACUAGGCGACAUGAACUGGGGGUGCCUGGGGGGAGAUUUUAUGGAGGUGCACUGGUCAAAAAUGCCAGGAAGAACUUUUGUGCAAAAAAUAUUCUUACUGUUAGCUAUUGAAAUGUACUGAUAUCUGAGUAUAUAUUUAGUACUUGUUUAUAGCUACAAUAAGUGACCAAUAACAAAAAGAAGAUCAUGGUAGCUGAUAAACUUGUAAUCAGGCUCUUAUUUAUGCUUAGAAGGCUCCAUGCCAAGCAUCAAGAGUGAAUCACCU